CACAAAAGGCAUAGCAUAGGUAGGGUGGCACUGGACUCCAGGAGAUGGUCGGGAGGAACACCACCUGGGGACUCGAGGAGGUCCAGGAGGUGGUCAGGAGGAACACCAGCUUGGGACUCAAGGAGGUCCAGGAGGUGGUCGGGAGGAACACCACCUGGGGACUCAAGGAGGUCCAGGAGGUGGUCAGGAGGAACACCAGCUUGGGACUCAAGGAGGUCCAGGAGGUGGUCGGGAGGAACACCACCUGGGGACUCAAGGAGGUCCAGGAGGUGGUCAGGAGGAACACCAGCUUGGGACUCAAGGAGGUCCAGGAGGUGGUCAGGAGGAACACCACCUGGGGACUCAAGGAGGUCCAGGAGGUGGUCAGGAGGAACACCAGCUUGGGACUCAAGGAGGUCCAGGAGGUGGUCAGGAGGAACACCACCUGGGGACUCAAGGAGGUCCAGGAGGUGGUCAGGAGGAACACCAGCUUGGGACUCAAGGAGGUCCAGGAGGUGGUCGGGAGGGAACACUACCUGGGGACUCAAGGAGGUCCAGGAGGUGGUCAGGAGGAACACCAGCUUGGGACUCAAGGAGGUCCAGGAGGUGGUCAGGAGGAACACCACCUGGGGACUCAAGGAGGUGGUCAGGAGGAACACCAGCUUGGGACUCAAGGAGGUCCAGGAGGUGGUCGGGAGGGAACACUACCUGGGGACUCAAGGAGGUCCAGGAGGUGGUCGGGAGGGAACACUACCUGGGGACUAGGGAUGAGAAUUGAUAAGAUUUUAACGAUUCCGAUGCCUUAUCGAUUCUCUUAUCGAUUCUUAUUGGGCAAGGGGUGAAAAAAAGAGCACAAACGGGUUUAUUUACAUUAAUUUUCUUUUAUAUAAUUUUCUAUAAUGCUGCACACACCAUAUACAGUAUGUAUACAUACAUUAAAAAAAUUAAAAAAUAACCAAAAACAUUUCUACAUAUUCCUCUUGAACUUAAAAUAAAACUUACAUAACUUAAAUAAAAUGUAUUCUGUUUAAUUUAAACAUGUUCCUAGACAUUACAGUGCUCCUUCCUUUUUUUUAAAGGGUAUAUGAACUGAGCUGCCAAAAAUGAAACUAGCAGUGGCAAAUACCAAGUGUGCAACCAUCAGUUGUAUGGAUCAUCAACAAUUCUUGUGCAGAAAAAUAAGCAUGUCUGCUUUCUCCGGGAGGAUCCGCGAUCUCUCAGGACUUCUUGUGUCUCCAGCCGUGGAGAACACGCUCUCAGCUGGAGGAUGAACACAGAGAUAUGAGGAGGUGGACAAGACGUGUUGUCGCCUGAGACCCAGACCACCAGCCUCUGAACCGGUCUGACUCUGAACAUCAUCAGAUGAAUUGGAUGGCAAUGCAGAUUAUUUAUAUAGUGAAAGCUGGUUUACACAAUGAACGCCUCCCCAUGUGGCCCCGCCCCCUGAACAAUACCAGAGACGCGUUCCGAUUUAUUAUUUGUUUCACCUGGCCCGCUGCCGUUGAGAUUGCAGUGAGACGCGGAGAAAAUGUGGAGUGGUGCUCUUCUUCACAAUAAAACAUCUUUGAUGGGACGUGUCGCGUCUCGGCCAAUCAGCGUUCAGAUGUCCACAGCGUUUGGGAAGUUAGGUUAGCUUGAAUGUUAGUCCGCUACAUCUACUGCUGUCACGCUGCACGGUGUAGCGAUGCUAACAAAGUACCCGUACGUUAAAAACGAUGUGAUUUAGCAUAGUUUUAGUGUCGAUACUUCAUUAAAAGAGCGAUCAGAGCGCACGCGCUGCUCCGCUCCGCUAAACGCUGUCUGCGCGCGCAGCGCUCAGCCGUAAUGCACGCACACAGGUGAGCACACUCACCUCACACAGGUGAGCACACAGGUGAGCACUCUCACCUCACACAGGUGAGCGCACUCACCUCACACAGGUGAGCGCACUCACCUCACACAGGUGAGCACUCUCACCUCACA